AUGGAGUACAAUUAGGAGAAUUAAAACAGUAUCCAUCUAAACAAUCUUUACAAGUUCCACUAGCAUCAUUACAAGACAGAAAAGGAGAUGAAAAUUAUUGAUAAUAUCAUGCAACAUAAGAAGUGCAUUAAGUGGAAUCAUCAACAUUGCAACCUCUUUAAGAUUAAAUUAUUUUGCUCAAUUAUUCUAAUAAUAAUCUGCUUAACAUGUAUAAGAUGUAUCCAUGCACAAUAAGCAGAACAUGCAGUUAUACAAUAUUAACAGGAUCCAUCAGGUUUUUAAUAAUAUUCAAUUAUACAAGAUGUACAUUUACAAUUACUAUACAUUCUUAGCAUGUAGAACCAUCAUUGCAUUUUAGGCAUUUUUAAGGACAUAUUUAACAGACAUCAUUAACUUAUUAAUAGAAUUUACAUAUGUAUAAUGAGAAAAAAGUAUCACUAUCGCAUGCAAUACUUCCUUUAACAUAUUGUGACAUGUUUUGGAUCCAUUUUCAUAAAAACCUGAUAGAUAAAGACCAAAAGUAGCAAAUACCGCAAAAAUUUGGACAUUUUGAACAAAUAUUACCAUUUCUUUAAAAUAGAUUAUAAUAUGUAUCAUACCUGAAGAAGUAGUUCCAUUAGUUGCAACAAAUUCACAACUAUUUCCAUUUAAAUUAUACCCUUUAAAGUAUUUAGCGCAUGCAUUUAAAGCAGCUGAAAACUCUAAGCAUAGCCAUAAACAUUUAGUGCAUCAAUUACUAAUAGCCUGCAAUAUAGUUAGUCUAAGUAUUACUUGUGAAUGUAUUACAAAGAUUCGAAAAAGUAUCCUCAAAUACAGAGAAACAAGCUGUGUUAUUAGAACAUGUUAAAAUUAUUUCCACAAAUUGUAGGUGCUCCUCUUCCUUCCAAAUAAAAAACACUAUAGCAGGAAGAAAAUAAAUUAGCUUCAACUGUACCAUAUAUAUAGGUCUGGUCACAUUGAUAAUGACAAUUUGCUCUAAAAAGCCAAUAAUACAUUAAGUUGCACUUGUACCAUAUUUCAAGGAUUUAGAUCACAAUUUAGUGUGCAAUUAGCUCCAUACAAGCAAUCAACACAUUAUGAGGUACAAUUAAUUGCAUUUCUAGGAUAUUUUCUAUAAUUAGAGGCAUUUAAAUAUCUUCUGUUAUCUUCACAUUUUCCUAUUGAAGAAUAAUUUGAAAUACAAUUUGUACUGUAUUCAUCUCAUGAUUUACAAAUUUAGCAUUUGGUAAAUCUGGUAAUUAAUUUUAAGAUUUACAAGUAAGACAAGUUUUGAACUCAACUAAAAAAUUACAAAUGGCAUAAUCUCUGGACAAUUGACACGGUAUACAAUAGCAGAUCCACCCUUUAGACACUUAGUUAUACAUUUUGUAAAAGUUAGAAGAGUUUGAUAAAAUCCAAUUAAACAAGUUGUACAAGUACUCGCUUUAGGAUUUCAGGCAGAGCUUUGUAACUUGAACCAUUUAUAAUUAAUCCAACUAUACAUCCUGUAGAAGUGUUAGCAUCAGGAUAUUUAGUGCAAGUAACAGGUAAUGAUAAUAUAGGAUAAUAUCCAUCAGCUUGAACUAGAAGCAUCACGAUUUUUUCAUUAAUUACUCUUUAAAUAAUAACCAAUUUAACAUGAUCCACAAUAUGAAGCAUAUUAAUUAGAACAAGAAACAUUAUUAGCAUUUCAAGCUUAGUAUUCAUUACUAUUAUCAAGUUAAACUUGCUAAGCAAACUUAAAAAAUGAUUUGCCAUCUGUUAUAUAAGAUUUAAAUGGAAAAAAGGAUUAUUUCCAAUCAUUACCUUAAAUGGAAAAUCUAGUAACACAAGAUUACCAUUGUGUUGGUCUAGUUGAUUUAUAAGCAUCACAAAGUAAUUGA